GAGAGUAUGUACCGGAAAUUCCGCGAGCAUAAACAAGCCGGGCAGUAAACGUAAAGAUGUAGUUGCUGCUCAAACAAGAAGAUAACUGUUUCACUUUCUUUUCUGUUUUCUGUACUCCCGAACUCCUACAGUGGGUGCCACGCGUCUCUCCCCGCUCCUCGGCGACGGACCUCGUCCUCCCCGCGGUCUCCGCGAUGGACAGCCUGGAGGAGGACCUGACCUGCUCGGUGUGUUACUCGCUCUUCUCCGACCCGCGCGUCCUGCCGUGCUCCCACACCUUCUGCAAGGACUGCCUGGUCAACCUGCUCCAGGUCUCCAGCAACUACUCCAUCUGGCGCCCGCUGCGCUGGCCCAUAAAAUGCCCCAACUGUCGCAGCGUGGUGGAGCUGCCCCCGGCCGGCGUGGACGCCCUCCCGUCCAACGUGUCUCUGCGAGCCAUCGUCGAGAAAUACCAGCGGGACAGCGAGCCGCGAGCGCCGUCCUGCCAGGAGCACCGGCGGCAGCCUCUGAACAUGUACUGCGUCCAGGACCGGCAGCUGAUCUGCGGCCUGUGCCUGACCGUGGGCCGCCACCAGGGCCAUCCCAUAGAUGACCUGCAGGCGGCGUUCGUCAGGGAGAAACGCACCCCGACGCUGCUGCUGGCCAGGCUGUCGGAGCAGAGAUGGGCUCAGGUGUGUGAGCUGGGGGAGCAGCUGGAGGAGGAGAAGGCGCGCUGCGAGUCUCUGCUGAGGCAGGACAGACAGGAGGUGGAGGAGUUCUUCGUCUCGCUGGAGGAGGUGCUGGCCAGGAAGAAGCGGGCCUACCUGGAAGCUCUGAGUGAAGCUGCUGCGGAGGUGGCGCAGGCCUACGAGCCGCUCAUCCACAGAGUCAAGGAGCUGCAGGAGGAACAGCUGGACCUGGUGUCUCUGGGAUCCUCCGUGGAGGACGAGGACUCCCCCCUGGUCUUCCUGGAGAAGGUGCAUCAGUUCAGAGAUCGGGUGGAGAAGUUCAUCAGAACCCCCCUGCCCUCCGUGAUCAGCCUGUCGGUGACGCCGCGCGCCGCAGCGUACCUGCAGCAGAGCUGGCCCGCCGUGACCAUCGGCAGCCUGGAGCAGGCGGCGGUUCCCACGCUGAGCUGCAGCGCCACAUGCGGCGGCAGCAGCAGCGCGGAAACCGAAGCCGAAGAGGCUCAGCCAAUCAGAACGAGGUGGGACGUGUGGCGCCGGAUCCCGCUCGCUGCUUCUGUGGCGCUGCUGGUUCUGCUGCUGCUGCUGCUGGUGCUGUGGGCCAACCCUGUGGGAGGAGCGUCGCUCUGCUUCUCCCUCCUGUCGCGCCUCAGUCAGUCCGCCCAGGCUCUGAGCGCCGACCUCGUCACGUCCGUCUGGGACGCGCUGGUGGCGGCGGAGGCCGCUCUGGAUGAAUGGGGCUCACAGGUGAAGGCGUGGGAAGACAGAACUCACCAGCAGAUCCUUGACUUUUUAAAGAGUCUGGCUAAAGAAGGCUAAACUGGAAAACCAGCUUCUUCAAAACAUCCGCCGCCUGUUCCACAAAUACUCCCCAUAUGUUACAUUUUAAACACGCCGUCUUAGUCUGUCGUCAACAAUUAAGACGCCAAAUGCUUUCAGCCUGGAACAGCACCAGGAUUCUUCUCUGCUUCUGAAUUUUUAGGCGAAGCAGGAGCUUAAUUAAGUCAGAAUCUCUUCUGCUCUUUGCCUGCCAGCUCACAUAGGCGGCCAUGAUGAGAAGAAGCUCAGCCGUUCACAGAAUCUGUGGAUUCUCUGAGGCUGAGAUUCUUCCUCACCUUCAAACUGUUGUAAGAGCACAUUAUGUAGCAUCCAGUGUUUUUAUGUAUUGUUGAAGUGUUCUGUUCCUCUUUGGGGAUAUAUUACUGCUGUUUAUGAUGACAAAGAAUGCACAGAGACUUAAAUCUGAUUUUUCCAGGACAUUCAGACAUGUUGCGUGUGGGUCGUAUCACACCAGACCGUUUACAAAAACAGAGGAAUGUGUUCAGUGACUCCCGGACGGUGCCUUUGACCACCGUGCCUUCAUCUUUCCUCCAGGACCACUUUUUUUUUUUUUUAAGUGUUGCACCUUUUUAGUAGGAAAAGCUGCCUCAGAAACUGUUUUCCCUCAGCUUUAGUGAACAAAGUCCAUCAUGGCGUCUUAUAAAGUCGUCAGGAUUUGAUGCAAACUGGGAUUUUGAAAUGUUGUGGAAGAAUCACAGCAUGAUAUAAAAUAAAUGUUCAAAACUGUUGUAACCUA